AUGUCGGCUUCAAAGAAUCGCAAAGAACCAUUCUGGCUGGGCGGUGCUGCAGCUUGCAUGGCCGUCUGCUUCACCCACCCACUCGACCAGACGAAAUACCGCAUGCAGGUCCUCAAAUCCAGCAACUCCAUGCUAAGUACAUUAUACAGAUUUGGGCUCCGAGACGGAAUCCCGUCAUUAUGGGCUGGCCUAUCGGCUUCUAUCCUGCGUCAGGGUACAUACUCGACUGCCCGAUUCGGCCUCCACACCUAUCUUUCAGCACAAGUGCUCCAGAGGUCCGGGAGGGACAAGCUCCCGGUCUCAUGGAACAUUGCUUGUGCCGGCGUUUCUGGUGGAAUAGCCGGGUUGAUUGGCAAUCCCACCGAGGUUGUUCUCGUGCGUAUGUGCGCCGACGGGGCUAAGGCUGCGGGAGAUAGGUUCCGUUACUCGAAUGCGCUUGUUGGUUUGUGGCGGGUUUGGAAAGAGGAGGGUACAAGGGCGUUCAGUCGCGGUAUUGGACCAAAUGUGACGAGAAGUGUCCUCAUGAAUGUAUCACAGAUCGCAUCGUAUGCGUCGGCAAAGCAAUACUUGCUAGCAUCAGGCAAUAUGUCAGAUAACAUCACUACCCAUGCAAUUGCUUCACUUGUAGCUGGUACCGUGGCCACCACGCUCUGUGCACCGGCAGAUGUUCUAAAGAGCCGCAUGCAGUCAAGUGCAGGUCGAGACAGCCUGCUGCAGGUUGUUCGAGAUAGCCUGAGGGACGAAGGGCCACGAUUCUUGAUGAAGGGUUGGACACCGGCUUGGCUGAGACUAACCCCUCAUACGGUUUUAACGUUCGUCUUCAUGGAACAGCUCAGAAAGCUCUCUCAGUUGAGUUUAUCGAAUCGGCAGGUAGAGACUGCUAGAUUGUAG